AGAAGCUCUUUGUAACCACCGGAGACGGAGCGCUCUCCCCUUUUCACUCACUGCUGCGGUUAAAGUUAAGCGCAUGAGCUGCGAGCAUCCUCCGGGGAAACUGUGCAUGUGAGCGGCGGAACGAGCGUCACUUUGCAUCUCCUCAGCAUCAUUUGUUGCUGUCUGUCCGGCAGUCCGACGGGCUGCUUCUCAUCCCAGCUCUGACGGACACGCACACACUCCGAGGAUCACAGAUGGACUGGCUCACACCUGAGAUGUGAAGUGUGUUAUGUGAGCCAAGGUGUUUUCCCACCUCGCUGGUGGUGGGGAGAGAUGCUGCACUCCGUUGCCAUGACAGCAGAAGUUCUCUUUGUUCUUGGGUUCCUGAUGAGCGCCGCUCUGUGUAAUCCUAUAGCGACCUUACCGGUGGCCAGAGUUCGUCUAGAAAGGGUGUUGACCCAAGCCAGGGACGACGAACACCAGGACACGCAGGCGCCCGGGGAGACAGUGGAAUAUGCCGCUCAGCAGCGCCUGGAGGAAAUCAAUACUGUUGGCCCCAACAGGACGAACAGGCCAAACUUCAGCUCCCUGACAAAAGGAUCUAAAGGCGGGACGGUCCAGGAGCUGCUGAGCGAGCAGGACACCCUGAACCGGAUAGACGAGGGGCCGACCAGUGAGGUCACCCUCUCCCUGGACGCCAUCGACGAGUACGCGUACCCGGACUACCGAGGGAAGGGCUGCAUGGACGAGAGCGGCUUUGUGUUCGCCAUCGGGGAGCAGUUCACCCCGGGCCCCUCCACGUGCCCUUGCCUCUGCACCGACGAGGGCCCGAUGUGCAGCAAGCCCGAAUGUCCCAAGGUUCACCCUCGCUGCAUUAAAGUGGACACCAGCCAGUGCUGCCCGCUGUGCAAGGAGAAGAAGAACUACUGCGAGUUCCGGGGCAAGAUCUACGCCUCGCUGGAAGAGUUUAAGGUGUCUCCAUGUGAGAAGUGCCGGUGCGAGCCCAACGGCGAGGUGCUGUGCUCCGUGUCGGCGUGUCCUCAGACGGAGUGCGUGGACCCGCAGUACGAGCCGGAUCAGUGCUGCCCCAUCUGCAAGACCGGGCCCAACUGCUACGCGGAUACAGAGGUGAUUCCGGCCGGCCGGGAGGUGAAGAUCGACGACUGUACGAUCUGCUACUGCACCUACGAGGAGGGGACGUGGCAGAUCGAGCGCCAGGCCACGUGCAGUAAGAACGAGUGUCAGCGGAGCUAGAGACUGGCACCCACGGGUGGGGGGGGCACCCGUACGCCCGUACGCCCCCAGCCUUUCACCCACCUGGGCCGGACAGCGUUUAUACUGCAGACACCCCCCCCCGUAUGACUAAGAAAUGCUUUUAUGAAAGUUUAUAAUCUGAACACAAAAUAUCUAUUUAUGUAUGUAUUUAAUUAUUUAUGACUAUACUAAAAUAGGUAGGAGUAUGCUGAUAGUGGAAAAAAAAAGUAUUUUUUAUAGCUUCUGUAUUUUAAUAAGUAAUGUAUUUGGACCAGAGGUCAAUAAAAACAGAAUGUAAAGAAACACCCACAGCUGUCUUUGGAGGUGCAAACCUCCGCGUCUCAACACGGCGGUGUCGUCCGGCCCAUCCGGCACCGACCCCUCCACCACCAAAGUGCAGAUCCCAACAUCCGUCUCACAGGGAUGGAGAUUUGUAGGAUGAUGAAGUUCAGAGUGAAACAACGGCGAGAAGAUGACAGAUGGGAAUUCAAGAGGACUCGACUGUUUCCUCGAUUCUUUUCUCUUUUUUCGAUGUUCAAGCGUGCUUUGAUUUGAAAGUGCUUUCUUUUGUAUUUCUUAGUACUGUGUGUUCAUGUUUUAAAUAAAUACCGACCCGUGCUCUGUAAAUGCUCAAAAACGGUACCUUUUUAUAGAUGAAAGUAUUUGUGUUGAUGGUGUUUUUUGGAUUUACAAAAACGUACCAAUUAAUAAAAAUUGAUCACAAUCUCACUUGCAGCUUCUGAAAAGGUAGUAACUGGUCCUGGUGCCGUCUUAAUCAUCCGGCGGUUUAGAUGUUCCAGGUUGCCUUUCAACGUGACAAAGCUGAACAAAUCCACGCUUCAGAUGCAUACAUGUUUCUGUUUUGAAGUUUUGGGAUGAAACCUGUUUGUGUGAAAGCAUCUUGUAAAUGUUUAAUAAGCUGUCGAGGAUGUGGAGUUACCUGCUGCCGCUUGGUUUCCAGCAGCUGUAAGCAUCGCCACAUAAACAAGGAAAGGCUGGAAGUGAGAAUACGGAGUUACUAAAGUUCCC